AUGAACAAUCAACCGGCCGCGAUCUCGGCGGCUCGUAAAAAGAUGGCCGCAGGAGGAGCAGCAGCGCAACAGGCCGGAGGCCAACAACCCGAUCAGAACUUCGACUACAUGUUCAAGCUUCUGAUUAUCGGCAACUCGUCGGUUGGAAAAACAUCGUUCCUGUUCCGCUACUGCGAUGAUUCGUUCACAUCAGCCUUCGUUUCGACUGUCGGAAUCGACUUCAAAGUCAAAACCGUAUUUCGUGGAGACAAGAGAGUGAAACUCCAAAUUUGGGAUACUGCUGGUCAGGAAAGGUAUCGCACUAUUACGACUGCCUAUUAUAGAGGAGCAAUGGGAUUUAUUCUGAUGUAUGACAUCACCAACGAGGACUCAUUCAAUAGCGUGCAAGAUUGGUGCACGCAAAUCAAAACCUAUUCGUGGGAAAACGCUCAAGUGGUUCUCGUCGGCAACAAAUGCGAUAUGGAUGCCGAACGAGUGGUGUCCGUCGAGCGCGGACGUCAAUUGGCCGAUCAGCUUGGUUUGGAGUUUUUCGAGACAUCCGCCAAAGAAAAUAUCAAUGUGAAAGCUGUGUUUGAGAAAUUAGUCGAAAUUAUUUGUGACAAAAUGGCCGAGAGUUUGGACAAGGAUCCCCAACAACAACCGAAAGGACAACGUCUCGACGCCACGACAACCCAAAAGCCGGCUCAACAGCAAUGCAACUGUUAA